AUGCACCAAUACUACCUCCUUGCUCUCAUUCCCGCGGCUCUGGGCUGCCUGAAUAGCGACACGAACGCGUGUGCCAGCUACAUCAAGUCUAACGCCGCCGCUUCGACCUUCUGCGCGACCUUCACCAAGAGCACCGUGACUGCCACCACCGCUCUCCCCGCUUGGGCUACCAACUGCUCACAGAAGCCGAGUCUCAUCUCCGCUGAGUGUACUUGCGCUUACAGCGGUGCUGGUGGUAGCUCUCCGACCACCACAUUGAAGACCACUACUGCUGCAGGAGGCUCUACGCCCACCGGCGUUACUACCACUCUGCCCCAGUCCUCCGGGGCUACUUCUACCAGCAAGGCUAUCACUGUCUCCGCUGGACAGUCGUACGAUGGCGGCAUGAAGAAAUUUGAUCGCAGCCCCAAGGUUUGCGCUGAGCAGGACGAAACCGGUGAGGCUGAUGCCAUGUUUGUUCUUGAGGCUGGUGCCACUCUCUCGAACGUCAUCAUUGGGCCUGAUCAGGCAGAGGGUGUUCACUGCAAGGGAACCUGUAACAAUGUCUGGUGGUCUGAUGUUUGCGAGGAUGCUCUCACCCUCAAGCAGACCAGCGGAACCUCUUACGUCAACGGUGGUGGUGCCUUCAAGGCUGCGGACAAGAUUAUCCAAUUCAACGGAUUUGGAACUGUCUCGGUCAAGAACUUUUAUGCCAACGACUACGGAAAGGUCGUCCGAAGCUGUGGUAACUGCAGCGGCAAUGGGGGUGCACGCAACAUUAUCAUGAACAAUGUGAUUGCAAAGGAUGGCGGAGUCCUCUGCGGCAUCAACACCAACUACGGCGACACCUGCAAGGUCACCAGCUCAUGCCAAGAUGACAACAAGAUUUGUGAUAGGUACACGGGAAAUAACAGCGGCGCUGAGCCUACUAAGAUCGGCAGUGGCCCUGACGGCACUUACUGUGUCGCCACCAGCUUCACUACCGCUUGUUAA